AUGGAUGACUACCUCAACUCCACAGCUCUGCCCUUCACCAAGAGUGAUGAGAUUUAUGAUGACUACACUUUCACAUUUCCACCCUUCACCAAGAUGGAAGAUCUGCACAGUUUGAGCCCGGUCAUCUGGGUGGCCCUGAUCUUCUACGCUCUGAUUUUCUUGCUGGGUGUCCUGGGCAAUGGAGCAGUCAUCUUUGUGGUGGGCUUCCAGAUGCGGCACACGAUCAACACCAUCUGGUUCCUCAACCUCUCGGUGGCCGAUCUUCUCUGCUGCCUUGCUUUGCCCUUCCUGGCUGCGCCACUGGCGUCUGACCACCACUGGAAGCUGGGUGGCUUUGCUUGCAUGGUCUUCCCCUCCCUUAUCAUCUUGAACAUGUUUGCCAGCAUCCUGCUGCUGACUGUGAUCAGCAUGGACCGCUGUGCCUUGGUGGUCCAACCAGUGUGGUGUCAGAACCAUCGCUCCAAGCCACUGGCCCUGGCCCUGUGUGGCGUGGCCUGGGCACUAGCCGUGCUCCUCACGCUGCCGUCCUUCCUUGUCAGGACAGCCAAGCUCGACCCCACAUCGAACAAGACGACGUGCAGUGUUAACUACUCUCUCUUGAAUGAGGACACCCGCUCUGCUGAGGUCUCGGUGGCCACCAUGCGCUUUGUCUUUGCCUUCCUCAUUCCCCUUGUGAUCAUCAGUAUCUGCUAUGGGCUGUUGCUCUUCCGGGUGCGCAGCAGCCGCUUCAUGCGCUCCCAGAAGACCCUGGCAGUGGUGCUGGUGGUCAUUGUGGGCUUCUUUGUUUGCUGGGCCCCCUAUCACGUCGUAGGUCUGAUCCUGGCCUCAGAGCCCCCUGACAGCCUUCUGUUCCAGUCUCUGAACAGUGCUGACCCGCUCAUUGUGGGCCUGGCCUACCUCAACAGCUGCAUAAACCCGGUCAUCUACGUCAUUGUAGGCCAAGACUUCCAGGCCAAGGUCAGGCUGUCGUUGCAGGCGAUUCUGCGCAACAUCUUGAGUGAGGAGGCCACGCUGGCCAGUGCCACAGAGGCAGGCCGUGGACAUGCCACCAGCACCACCAAGGACCACAGCACCAGCACAACACUGUGA